AUGAGCUUAAUAUUAAAGCAUCAUCUAAUACUACCUAAUUUCAAACUAAAUGAAACUAUCCCUUUCAAAAAUUAAAAAUCCAACUCAAUCACAACUUUGAGAACCUAACAAAAAACAUAAAAAGAUCAAAAAUUGAGUGUGGACAAACAUUAACCAACUGUAGAAAUGUAAGCUAAUAAAACUGAUAUCACUUUUCCUGUUAUAAAUAAGACGUCUCCUAAGGAAACAACUUAUAAACAGAACCUAACAAUUAGAACAGUAUACAGUGAUGAGAAAACUAUCAAAGAUUACUUAGACCAUUUGAAUACAUUAAGAUCUUAGAAAAAUACCUAAAAACAAAAUAAAUAUAAGAAGGUCAGAACUGAAACUGAAAUAGUAUAAUACGGCGAUGUUAAGUUUAAAAAAGUAAAAGAAGGCUCUUCCAAAAAAUCUCUUGCAUUAGUAUCCAGUAUCAGGAAUCCUCAAUCUCAAUCCUACAUCAAAUUUAGUUAGCAAAUCUUUGCACUCGUCUAUAGUUUAGAUAAUCUUAAAAAAUACAUAAAUAACGAGAGGAAAUUGUUUUAAGUAAUUAAGUAACUUAUAGGCUUAAAAAAAAGUCUCAGGAAAAUAAUCCUUAAGCAAAAUGGAGAGGAAUUAGUGGAAUUCUCUGAAAUCAGCAAAUUAUGUUGUGUGAGAGAGAUCUAGUACAUAAAUGGAGAAUAGAAAAUUGUUGACAAAUUUGACCUGACCCUUUAUGAUGAUCUUGUAUAUUUAACUGACACAAUUGAAAAUCUUUUAUUGUCAAAUGAGAUUCAUUCCAUCAACCGGAUCAGUGAUAAUAUCCAAAAGGAAACCGAAUAAAUUCUUAAAAUCUAACAUUCGAUGAAUAUGCCUAAUGAAGAACAAAAGUUGUCUGUAUAGACAAUGUCUAUGCAAAGAUUUAAAAUUCACGAUGAAAUUGAUACUAUAGAAUAAAAAUUGGGACCUUUAUCGUUGAUAUCACGAUAGGUUAGAUAAACAUCGAUGGUCUUGGGUAGAGUUAUAAGUAGUUUAAAUGAAUGA